GUCAGUAUCAUCAAUCAGUCUGUUAUCGAUCACAACUUGGUUUAUUCUUCUUUCGAAUCAUACGCCCAGAUGCUUCCUUUCUUGGUUUUGCCUCCAGAGAUACGGCUGAUGAUCUACGAACUCCUACUAGAGGACCCCAUAAAAGACGGAAAGCGCACCACAUUCACGGUUGACCUCGAAAACAGCACCAGAACGAGAUAGGAUCGCGUUCGUUGCACUCAAAUCGAUCUGCCGCACAACGUAGGCCACUCGGCCGAUACGUGCCAUCUUGACAUACCGCCGUCCACGAUACAUCAUCUCGACUUCACAGACCUGAUAUCACUUGUCAGGACCAACAAGAGGUUGUAUACGGAAGCAAGUCCAACCAUAUACAACAAUGCAGAUCUCGCCUUUUCGUUUUGGCGACCUUCCUUCGUCGGCGAAGCCCCGAAGACCACGUUGGGUAUCAUGCCUCUUCUACUUUUUCUCGACCAGCACAGUCCAGUGACACGCACAAUGUUUCAUUCCCUGGUCAUUGAAGAUCCGCAUUGUACUAUGUCUCCUCGGGAUAUGGGAGCUAUUGUCAACCUCAUCAAUCUUGACUUGCCUCAGUUACGCGUCUUUGGCGUCAAAUCCAUUGGACCAAGCGCGGUAACUUGGUUCGCAGAUCGAGUCAACACCUACUGUAUGGGCCUUUACCGAACCACGUUUCUCAUUCAGCCCGUUGCUCGCCUCAGGCCCAACAUCCGCACUUUCCUUGAACUACCCUUCUUGUCAGAUACAGUCUUGAACGGUCCACGCAUCCGGCCAGCGACUGCUUCAACACAGCGAUACAUGUGCACUCGGUUGAUGCGCGGAAUCUCACAGAUUGUCGAAAUCCGUCAUACUGCACAACGGUGUCAUACGUUGUCGCUGUACCAUGGAGAUUAUCUACAGGCGACAUUGGCUCUUCGUUCGAUGUCAGAUACAGAACUGCCGACUCAGGACGCCAUUGCUAGGAUCGAAGCUACUCUGGAAAGUGCUCGUGAGCGCAGCCGAGCCUUGUCGGCGCACCGAACUUGGCUACUGGCGAUGAGAGGAAUCCACCAGAUGCGUUAGAGUUGGAUGGGACAGGGAAGAGGAAGUCUUAAGCUCUCGUUGGUAUUGCAUCACUAUCGGUAAUACUUUAUGCAUUCAAUCUUUACGCUACAAUCUCACAUUAGUACCUCCGCGUGUGCUAAACUUUGUCAUGUAUGCAAUUUGGUCACUGGAGGAAUACAUGAUUCUGGCUCCGUCAGAGAUAGCCUCGACUGAGAGCUCAACGAUCAAGGAGGGCAUCUCUGUGCGCCCCUAUGCUAAGCUCAAACACAACUUACAUUUCUGCAG